UUAUACGUACCGGUCAGUCCAGUCUUCCUUCUCUCGUCUCGUCCUCUGUGUUCCUUCCAAGCUACGAAAAGCGACGUCGUCUUAGGGCUCUCUCGUUUCACCUCUCGUUCAUUUCAUUUCUUUCAUCAAAUUCUCAGAUUCUCACUCGUAUUCAUAACGCAUUGACUCUCUCUCUCUCUCUCUCUCUGCCAUGGACGAGUCCUACACAAGCCUCCCUACCAGCCAUUUGCUCGGCUCAGUUCCUGCUGUCAUCAAGGAUGAAAAGAGCACUUUAAACUAUGAGGUUCCCGAAGCAAAUUUGCAAAUAUUCCCUCCAAACAAUGGAGGAGGGGGAGGAGGAGGGCGGGGUUAUCAAACUCUUGGAAGUACAGCUGAAGGAUUUGAGCAACAACCAGCAAAUGGCUGGAAGGGAAUGUUUAAUAUCUUAUCAUACACACAAUAUUUCGAUGUUGAUACAGAUGUUGUCGUAAACAGACUCAUGAGUUCUUUGCAUCCAAUUGCCGGAGAUUUUUUUAGAAAAAUUGAUGCUAACCCUGAUCUAUAUGGGCUUAUCUGGAUCUCUACUACAUUGGUAUUUGUGCUUGCUUCUUUUGGAAAUUGUGCCACCUACCUCAUAGAAAAACGCACCGAUAACACUACUUCCUGGAGCUUCGAUGUCAGCUACAUGAAUGUGGCAGCAGGUUCAGUCUAUGGUUAUGCAAUAGUGGUGCCAUUGGCAUUUUACUUCUUGCUUCAGUAUCUGGGUUCAAAGCCCAGCCUUGUUCAAUUUUGGUGCUUGUGGGGAUAUUCCUUCUUUGUUUUUGUUCUGGCCUCGUUUCUGUUGCUCAUCCCUGUCGAGAUUCUACGGUGGAUCAUCAUAAUUCUUGCUGGUGCUGCCUCAGCUUGCUUUGUUGCCUUCAACCUCAAAUCUCAUGUAGAAGAGAGGCCUGAUCUUUCAUUGACGGUGGUUGCUGCAUUUUUGUUGCAAAUGGCUUUGGCAAUCUUCAUCAAGGUCUGGUUCUUUCCAUGAGCCUCAUGCAGUGUGACUGUCUGUAGAGUCCAGGCUUAUAAACAGUUGUAUUUACUUUUAUGGGACAUUUCAUAAAAACAUUAGCUGGAGUGGAGUUUGUCUUGAAGAUGAGUUUCCUGUGUGUUGGAAUUACUGACUUGGUCGGAUGUGUCAUUUAGAGAAGAUUCUGAGAUACGGAUUUGGAGAAAGAAUUCUAAGAAGAGGUAGGUUAAUGCUUUUGAGAGUGGUAGUGUUUUUUUCUAUGGGUUGGACCGAAAUAGCUUUAGGUGUUGUCAGCCUACAGUAUCAAGAACACCAAUACUAGCAAAGGGGAGAACUAAAUCUUCGAAUUCUGUUUUGACCCCGUGUAAAUAUACUUCAAUUUUAAUACACGAAUUGUAUUAUGGUGAC